AUGCGACAAUGGUACAUUCUUUCGGCACUCUUAUGGGCGAAUAAUUGUUUCCGAGGGCGAUCCGCACCUGCUAGCUCACCCGUAUACACUUCGACUGACAUCAACGUACACGGUACAACAAAUUCUCGUCAAUUCCAUCUUCAGUCUUAUGCCUUUGAGCUGGAUUUCAUGUUGGUCUUGCCUAUGGCUCCUGACUCCCAAGUCCCACCCAUCGGGUCGAUGGGCGGUAAUACUCUAGCUCUGUCGUUUACCCAUCCCCAAAAUGCAAGACGUUCGAGUCAAAGACAAGUGGGUCGAUCAUCUAUGCCAGGAUAUUCCUCGCGUCCGCUAAUCGAAGGAUUUUACGGGGAACGACCUGUGUAUUAA